AUGAGACGAGAAGGAAAGCUGAAUGAAGAGAUGCGAGAGGAGGACGAGAGAUUACAGCAACUGCUGGCCGACGAAGAGGCGGAGAUGAGCAGAGAUGAAGAAGAUGAUGCGCAGGAUCGAGAGGAAGAGAUGCGCAAAGAACGAGAGCGGAAUCGCAUGGAAAGACGAGAAAGAGCACGCGCAGAUGAGAGACGCAGGCAGACAGAAGAGCAGACACUACGGAAUCAAGGGAGGGCGCAGAAACACAGAGAAACGAUGGAUUCCGUCGAAAACGACGACGGUGACUAUGACGAAUCACGAUCGAAAUCUACCACGUUAACGAUCUCAUUGUUUUCAUCGAUUUGCUCGUUAUUAGUGUUGCUAUUAAGGUAUUGA